AUGGCUCCCAUUCGCCUGAACAAGAACAGAUCCCACCAGAACCAGCAGUGGUCGGUGGUGCCCGAUUGGCAGCCGGAGUUGAAGCUGCGUGUGCACCCUGACCCGGACCACGUGCCGGAGGACUACUCCGACGUGGUCAACCCGGAGACGGACGUGCUCGCGCCUGAGACGUACCAAGACAUGGAGCGCCGUCUGCCACCUCAACUCCUCCGAGCUACCCGCCACGAGAAGCUCUUGUUCAUGCGGCGCAUCGUCAGGAAUCACCUCCCCGCACCGGCCAAGGGAAUCAUGCCUCUACAUCCCGAACUCUACAAAAUGAACCCCGCAGAUUUCUUCUUGCCUUCGUUUCUGCGUGCCAUCCGGGGAAACACUGCAGAAAGUUUCAUGGAUAUCAUUCACGAGGUCAUAGCACCUUCAGUCUAUGCAUUUCCUAUGUUGCGACCUGUAUUCUGCGAGAUGCUCAUGAAUGAGUAUUUCAAGAAGUAUUGUUUCUGUACGUGUCGUGCAAAUUCAACUACAAGCUGA